AUGUUGUAUUCCUGGACCUCCUGGCCCGAGAGGACCUGCUGGGCAACCAGGCAAUUUCUAAAAUUAAAAGAAAAUUUUUUUUAUUUAAACAAUAUUUUUAUAGGAACUCCGGGAAAACCCGGUCCUGCUGGAAAGCCAGGUGUUCCUGGUACUUCUCCCAAUCAGACUUGUCCUCUUGCACCACGAAGAGAACCACCACCUUGUCGGCCAUGUCCAAAAGGGCCACCAGGCAUAAAAGGUUGGCCAGGUUUCCCUGGCGAUGUUGGUCCUGUUGGUCCACCUGGAGAGAAGGGACGUGAUGGGGAUGAUGGGGCACCAGGAGAACCAGGCCCUCAAGGCCCGCCUGGUUUUAAAGGCCCGCCAGGCCCGCCUGGAGAUAAAGGAGAAACUCCCCAUGGAGAGGUUAGGGAAGGUCCGCCUGGAGAUCUUGGACCGCCUGGCCCUAUUGGGGCUUCAGGAGUGCCUGGAUUACCCGGUCGAAAUGGAAUGACUGGACCCUCUGGAGGAGAGCCUGGAGAGCCAGGUUAUCCGGGACCGGAAGGCCCCACAGGAAUUCAAGGACCUCCUGGCCAACCGGGUGUUUGUGUAUGUCAAAAUGUUGAUUCUGUUAUUGUUGCUGGACCAGACCCUUCACAGCCACGUUUUUCUGAUCAACAAAAUUAUGCAUAUCCAUCUUAUAAUAACGCCGAGGAAGGAGGUGGUGGAGGGAGUUCUAUUUAUGGAUAA